CAUCAGGAGUUCCGCAAUAUAAGCACCGCCUGCGCGCAUUGCCACAUUUGGCGUCCGUCACGCGCUGUCGCCGUCGCUUGCCUCCUCCUCCUCCGCCGCCUGCGGCUGCUGCUGCUGCUGCGGCUGCUGUGUCCCCGCUGCCGGGUCGCCUGCCGGCUACCAUGUGGGGCUCGCCGCUGCUGCUGCUGAGCCUCUCGGCCAUCCUUCACUUGGCCUCGGGGUCACAGUCGCCUCACACGGCUGACGACGAUGUCCGCUCAGACGUGAGGAUGGAGCUGCGUCUGGGAGUGAACCGCGUGGAGCGACUCUCCACCAACGAGACGCUGGUGCUGUCUGUGGAGGCGCUGCCCAACUCGGCGAGCUUCGUCACCUUCCAGGCACACGAGCGGGGCGACGGCGCCGUUACCGUCGCCUUCUCCAGGGCCCUCGGGAGAGGAAACUCGUACACUGGCACGGACGCAGGGCUGCUGUUUCCACUUCAUCCCAGGGACAGCCGACUGCUGUGGUACAUGUACACGGGGACCCAAGCCAACGCUACAGCCAGCCUUCUGGCACUGGCCUAUUCAGACAGUGACCCUGUGCCGGGAGGCUGUAACCUGGAGUACGACAUGGAGGUGGACCCCAACCUCCGUCUGAGCUACAACCUCUACGAGACGGUGCUGGAAUUUGCUCCGGCCAACCUAGGGUACCCACGGGGUUCUGUGCCACCAGCCUGCGACCAGGACAAGGGCCCCGAGUCUCGCUGGCGCCUGGAGUACGACGUCUACCAGACCUUCCUCGAAGAGGGCGACCUGGGGGUGGACUCCCUUCUGAGCGCCCUGCGUCGCUUGUCCAGUGCCAGCGGCUGCGAGGCGUUCGGCUCCAAGAUGCGGACGCUGAGCUCGUCGGAGAAGCCGCGCCUGGUGCAGACGUCGUACCCGGGCCAGGGCGUGGUGUACUGUGUGGUGGUGCGCGACCCCCGGCGCAACACCAGCGCCGCCUACGUGCCGGCCGCCACCUACGCCUGCAGCUUCUCGGCGCACAGCGACGGCUGCUACCACCUCGGCAAGACUUAUUACAAGGUCCUCAUGGUACUGGCCGGCCUCGUGGGACUCUUCAUGAGCUUUUUCGGACAUCGGUUCUUCAAAACGCAGGUGUUCCUGGACGGUUUCUCGCUGGGCUGCCUUGCGGUGUACGUGGUGGUGACGCGCGUCACCGUGCACACGGCCAUCCACACGAGCGUCCACACCACGGCAGACCUCGGCGACGCCGCGCGUGUGGCCAUCUCGUGCUCUGCGGGAGUGGUGGCCGGGCUGCUGCUGCUGGCGCUGUGGUGGCGUCUGGGCUUGUGCACGGUGUGCGUGCUCGCCAGCGGCACUCUCCUCGGAUUCGUACUCGCCUCCGCCGCCUUCUUCUCCCCACUCGGCGAUCUCCGACUCUUCCAAAGUGACGUCAACUUCUGGAUGUGCUUCACCUGUGGCACGCUCUUUGUCCCCAUCAUGCUGCUGCUGUGUCCCUUCGUGCUGAGCGUGGUGGCGUGCGCCGUGCUGGGCGGCUACGCCGUGGUGCUGGCCUGCGCCGUGUUCGUGCGCUCCUCGCUGCCCUACCUGCUGCUCAACACGGUGCGGCGCGCGGCCCUCAAAGACUACACGCGGGUCUACAACGCGGCGCCCUUCCAGACCAACGACUACGUGCUGGCGAGCGUGUGGGCCUCCCUGGCCCUGGCCGGCACGCUGUUCCAGGCGCGCCGCGGCUGGGGCCUGCCGACCUUCCCGCCGUGCCCGUACGAGGAGUGGCUCUACAACGCGGAGCGGCGCUCCACCAACGUGCUGGACCCCAGCCACCACCGGCCCAGCGCCCGCGGCCGGGCCUGCCGGGCGCUGGCGUCCGCCUGCGCCGCGAUGCGCCGGCCCGGCAAGCGGCGGGAUGACGACGGUGAAGGUGGCGGUGGUGGUGGUGGUUGUGGUGGUGGUGGUGGUGGUGGGGAUGACUACGACGGGCGGCUGGGCAGGGAGCGUGGCGGUGUGGGUGAGCGUACCCCUCUACUCGUCAACAAAUAAUAAUGACGAUCGGGGGGGGAGGUCGUGGUGCCCCCCACACCCCCCCCACCAUCUCUGCUGGUGGGAUGAGAUUGUGAUUCGUCAGUGGUGUGUGUAAGUGGCGUCUGAGUUGUGCGUUGUGUUUGCGCGAGGGCGAGGUGUUGGUGGGCGUCGUAGGGAGGAGCAACGUGGUGGUGGUGGUGCGUCGUGCCAGUCGCCUCUGACGAGUCGAGAGGUCGGUGCCGCUGUGCCACCAACCCGGAGACCCCGAGUUCCAUUCCCGCUCCCGGCCAACGCCGGCGACUGUUACCCGGUCCGGUCCUGUGCCUCCCCUGGGUCGGCUCGGCCUCGAAUGAGUCCCGUGGCGCGACGUGUAAGCGUCGCCACCGGGGGUGACGGAGGCGGCCGGGCGUGUUCCACGGCGCCGGCCUCCGUAGGCGCCCUAGCUCGCCACGACAGGCACUUGCCCCCCGCUCUUGUUAAGGCUACACGGGGGAUCUUUGUCUCUGACGUGUGCACGGCGCCAGCAGUCGCUGCUGCCUCCGUGUUCACAAUCGCUGGACUUUCCCCUACGUGGGGGGUUAAGUUUAAACAUAAGGGGGGCUCUGUGUGUGUGUGGGGGCUAAGUUUAAACA